AUGCACUCCUCCUCCCAAUGGAGCCUUAAGAGCAGUUCUAGCCAGAGGCCCAUUCAGCGAGAGCUUCUAGCAGCUGGACCCCCCUCUUCUCUCCCCAUCCAUCCUUCUCCCUCCGCCUUCCCAGAGCCCCCGCAGUUGCUGUGGGGGCGGGAGGGGCGGGGCUAUGCAACUGCAACUGUUAAUAGUCGGACCACGGGGGUCGCCACUCUCCUCCUGCCUGUCCUCCUGCCUGACCCAGCCGCACAGAUCCAGACGGCCCGGUUCCAGGCCCUCCCCGCCGGGGGCCAUCCAAGAAGAAGCGCCCUGGCGCCCAUCCUGGGAGUGCGGGGCCCCUGGCCGGGGGCUCCUAGGAGCCGGCUGCUGCUGGCCCUGCUGCUGCUGCUGCUGCUCUUGCUGCCUGGGCACACCGGAGCCUGGUACAAGCACGUGGCGAGUCCCCGCUACCACACCGUGGGCCGUGCCGCCGGCUUGCUGAUGGGGCUGCGCCGAUCCCCUUACAUGUGGCGCCGAGAGCUGCGCCAGGCCACCGGGCCCCUGGCUUGGGACACCUUGGCCACGGUGCCCGCCGCUCGCAGCGCUCUUCCUCUGCUUCCUUCCCGGGCGCAGGAGUUGUGGGAGGCGCGACGCCGGCGCUCCGGGGCAGAGCUCGCUGUCCUUGCGUCCCGGAGCCCGCACACCCCAGAGCGCAGGCGGGAGCUGUGGCAGGCAGGGCCCCUGCCCAGGGAUCUCGACGAGGUUGGCCAGAGCCCUCGGAGAGGCAUCCACCGGCCAGCCCUGGUUCCUGCUCAAAGUGCCUUCGCCCGCCCCCUUUCAGACUCCGGGACUGCCCUGAAAGCAUCCUCAACCUGCAGCACCCCGGUGCCUGACCCCGGAGCCUCGGCUUCCAGGAUGCACAGCGCACCCCUCCCACCCAGCCCCACAGCCUGGUCAAUAAACUCAGCCUCAUUCUCGCUCCCCCGCGUGACCCUUUUCCUGUGUACUUUGGGUCUAGCUUCAGGGCCCACGUAACUGCACCUACGCACUGGCAAAUGUCAAGAGCCCCCUCCGUGGCUAGGGGAAGGAGGGGGGCCCUCACCACCAGCAGCA